CCCCCCCAAAUUUUCUGCGGCCCAGCGACGGGAACUCGAAAGAUUACAACCACUCACCACCACCAACCACCGACGACUACUAAUACGCCGAUUAGUACUUGUAGCUCUGCUGGUCUGCUUAUUUAUUUAUCCAAACCGCCGCUUGAUCAGUCACCUCGUUUCCUGCGCCUCGCUUCCAUUCAUUCUCUGUCCUGUUCCUGUACAUCUCGCUCGCUCCUCCUCUUCCGUCACACAUCAUGCAGCGCGCUCUUACUUCCGCCGCCCGCUCCUCGCUCUCCUCCUCCUCCUCUCCAUACUCUAGAAUCGCCGGCAGGAGUUUACAGCAACUCCGGUUCGCCCACAAAGAGCUCAAGUUUGGUGUUGAGGGACGGGCCCAGCUGUUGAAGGGUGUUGAGACUCUCUCUAAAGCUGUUGCUACCACACUCGGCCCCAAAGGUCGCAAUGUGCUGAUCGAAUCGAGCUACGGCUCUCCUAAGAUCACAAAAGACGGUGUCACCGUCGCAAAGGCCGUCACGCUCCAAGACAAGUUCGAGAACCUCGGCGCCCGCCUGAUCCAGGAUGUUGCUUCCAAGACCAACGAGGUGGCCGGUGAUGGUACGACCACCGCGACAGUGCUUGCUAGCUCCAUUUUCUCGGAGACUGUCAAGAACGUCGCUGCUGGCUGCAACCCGAUGGAUCUGCGGAGAGGCACACAGGCGGCCGUCGAAGCCGUUGUGGACUACCUACAGUCGAAAAAGAAGGACAUCACCACAAGCGCCGAGAUCGCACAAGUGGCCACUAUCUCGGCCAACGGCGAUACCCACGUCGGCAACCUCAUUUCCAACGCCAUGGAAAAGGUUGGCAAAGAGGGUGUGAUCACUGUCAAGGAGGGAAAGACGAUCGAGGACGAGCUCGAGGUCACCGAGGGUAUGCGCUUCGACCGUGGCUUCGUCUCCCCCUACUUCAUCACCGAUGCCAAGGCGCAAAAGAUCGAGUUUGAGAAGCCUUUGAUCCUGUUGUCCGAGAAGAAGAUCUCCGCAGUGCAGGAUAUCAUCCCUGCUCUGGAAGCCUCCACCCAGCUCCGACGCCCUCUGGUGAUCAUCGCCGAGGACAUUGACGGCGAGGCCUUGGCUGUCUGUAUCUUGAACAAGCUGCGCGGCCAACUGCAGGUCGCUGCUGUCAAGGCUCCUGGCUUUGGCGACAACCGCAAGAACAUCCUCGGGGACAUUGGUGUCCUGACCAACGCCACCGUUUUCACCGACGAGUUGGACAUCAAAUUGGAGAAGCUGACUCCUGACAUGCUCGGCUCGACCGGCAGCAUCACCAUCACCAAGGAGGACACCAUCAUUCUGAACGGCGAGGGAAGCAAGGACGCCAUUGCCCAGCGAUGCGAACAGAUCCGUGGCGUCAUGGCCGAUCCCACUACUUCGGAGUACGAGAAAGAGAAACUGCAAGAACGUCUGGCUAAGCUCUCUGGUGGUGUGGCUGUCAUCAAGGUCGGAGGCGCUUCUGAGGUUGAGGUCGGCGAGAAGAAGGAUCGUGUCGUGGAUGCUCUCAACGCCACCCGCGCCGCAGUUGAGGAGGGUAUUCUGCCCGGUGGUGGCACUGCCUUGAUCAAGUCCGCUGCCAACGCUCUCAAGGACCUCAAGCCGGACAACUUCGACCAACAGCUCGGCGUCAGCAUUAUCAAGAACGCCAUCACCCGGCCCGCCCGGAAGAUCGUCGAGAACGCCGGUCUGGAAGGCAGCGUUGUCGUGGGCAAGCUUAUGGACGAGUACGGCCAGGACUUCAACAAGGGUUUCGACUCUGCUAGCGGCCAGUAUGUUGACAUGUUGGCCCAGGGUAUCGUGGAUCCCCUCAAGGUUGUCCGGACUGCCCUCGUGGACGCUUCCGGUGUUGCAUCGCUGCUUGGUACCACUGAGGUUGCCAUUGUCGAGGCACCUGAGGAGAAGGCCCCGAUGCCACCAAUGGGAGGCGGCAUGGGCGGUAUGGGCAUGGGCGGCUUCUAAGCUCAAAGCUCUGAGCCAACUCACUAGCCGAGUCGUCCCUCCUCAUUUGCCUUGCUGACUGCAACUUUUGGGCGUUUGAGCGAUCUUCCGAUUUCAUUCUCGCAUCCCACUGCAAGCCCACAACGCCGAAUGCUCUGACGACGCACUGCUUUCGUCUCCCCGUUCGGUCGCUCUACCUGCCUGGCCAUCCUGUCUGAAUCCGGAACCCGUGGGCCCAAGCCCGAACCGUCCUCGAAAGACUGCUUUUUUAUGUACAAUUGCUACCGAUACACCACUCCACUCAUCUAUAUUCGACUAUGUGUUGUUUCCGCGAUCCCGAUUCCAAAAGUACCGGAUUUACUUGCAAGAACUGGCGGCUUGUUUUGACAAAAGGAAAAAGAAAAGGACCCAUAAGUCAAAGGGAAUGCCUUGCGGGGGCGUAGAGAGGGUGGGGAAGUGAGAAGACCGGUGAUGGCAAUAUGAGGCAAGAAGUAGCUGAGAUGUAGAUCGCCAGCGGGUGGGAUGUAUCACAAAUGGCUACUUUGACAUGUUGGUUGUAAGUUAUGUGAAGGCCAAGAUACCAGUGUAAUAAAAAGUAAUUGCAACAGCAUACAAAUCACCGCUCUCAAUCGCUGAUGGUGUAGGCGGCAGCAUAACUGGGAUCACAACGACUGGUCUUUGAACCUCUGUAUAAAUUUGUGGCUGGAUGCACUCGGUGGACCUAGUCUAAGAAGUCUGUACUCAGGAUACGUGACGGUUGCGUGUUGGGAUCAACUCGCCGGAGCCCAGGAACAAAGGGUUGUCUGUACACUGCUGGCAAGGCUGUGCCUGACGGCUUCCAAAGCAGUAAUCGGAGUCUACCUAGACAAGACAAUCAAUUCAUGCAGUAGCAUGGGUACUGGGGUUGAAAAAAACGCUGGAUUCGCUAUGUACACAUUCUAUGGUUGAUGGUCUCGCCCGAGGAAAGAAAGAAGAAGUAGGCAAGUCUGUGCCGCGGUUGUUCAGAGAUCGUGACGUUAAAGCUCGAUGAUUGAAUUCUCAGAGGGAGGCUUUUUUGGAAGGUUGGAUUUCAG